AUGGCCAGACUAAAGAGAAAGACAAAGACAGAUGAAGAGGAUUUUGAUAUUGAUGUAGAUGUAGAUGUAACAGAAGCAACGGCAACAAAGACAAAGACAAAGAAUGAGAAGAGGACAAAGAAGGAGAAGGGAGAUACAUCAGAGGGUAUACUCAAUAUAUUGGAUGAUAUGAGUGAUAGUGAUCUAAAGGUUGUAAAGAGGUCAAAGCCAAAUAGUAGCAAAGACAGUAGUAUUACAGUCGACGACAAGAAGAAGAAAACUACAAAAGAGAGAGGCAGCAGUAGAAAGAAAGAUAAAGCAACAACAAGUCAAUCAUCAAUAAUCAAUCAUUUCACAACAACAAAACAUGUUAAGCAUGUUGAUGUCCAACCCGUUGGAGCAGACGAGUCACCAAUCGAUAUAGAGAGUCCAAAGAGCAAUGAUGAGAACCAUGACGUCAACAAGAUACCUUCACCAACAACAACGACGGACGGCAAGCCUGUGGUGAAACUGCAUCCAUUCUUUCAAUGCGAGCAAGAUCUGAGUAGGAAGAAGGAACGAAUAUCUAAACGAGAGGAGAACCAGAAGUUGCUGGAACAGAAGUUACACACGGGCCCCGUGGCCGAAAUGUUCCUCAGCAAGAAGGAGCGCGACAUUGAGUAUGUGGAGAAGCUGCAGAACGACUUUAGGAAUGGCGUGAUCAAGUCGUCCGAGGACCAUGCCCUGAUCAAUGCCGGCAAGCCAGUGCAUCCAUUCUUCCAGCAACAGAGAAUAGCUGCGCAGCAGAGCGCGGUGACAGCCGCGGCCAACAGCAAACAACCGAUCGACAUUGAUGACCUUCGUCUUUAUUAUUUAUGCGACUACCCCGGUCAUGACAGCGCACACAUCGGGUGGACACCAAGUGUCACCUCGCUCAUAUCGCCCACACAACGUCUGGAGCGCCUUUCCCUGUCAUCCUCAAACAUUGAAUACAAUGGACUUUGGCUGGAACCCAACUCACUGAUCGGAAGCUUCACAUCGAUGCUGGAAGCAUACGCACCACCCUCCUCCCAAGAGUCGAUCAUACCCUCAUCGUGCGAAGCAACAACAACAACCCCUCAGCCAAUCGUUGUUGAUGUAGAUGUACCUCAAGUUGUGGAUGUUGUUGAUGUGGAUGUGGAGGCGAAGCCAGCAUCUCAGAAAUUGGUACCAAUCAAUGAUGUACUCAACAACAAUAACUUGAUAACAUUGUUUGCGCUGCUAUCUGGUCAUGGUAUCACAUUUACAUUCACUUUGGAGCAACUCAUAGAGUCAUUCUACACAUUCAAAGAGGCACUGGGCACUGAUGGAUCGUCCAGCUCUGCGCUCUGGACCGAUCACUACUUUCCCAGGGUUCGAACACUUGGCGUGGACAACAAAGAGCAGCACCAAAUGCUCACCGAUUGGUUUGGAUGCUGGCGCGAGAAGGACCAACUGCGAUACAGCACGUCGAGUGCGGGAAAGAGAAAGAAGAAGGGACAGGGCGCUGGCGGCGAGUUGAGCUCGACGAUUGUCAUCUGUGGUCCGUAUGGAUGCGGCAAGACAUCAAUCAUAUACUCGCUGUGCAAGCAGCACUCUUAUCAGAUAUUGGAAGUUAAUCCGUCCAGCAGGCGAAGUGGCAAAUACAUCAUGGAUAUGUUUGGUGAGGCGACCCAAUCAAAGAGCUUGAAUGGGUUCAAAUCGAUCUCAACAGCAACAGACAUGUCUUCCGCUAAUGGCAGUGCAAACAUGGUACUAUUUGAAGAGGUGGACACACUCUUUGAAGAUGACCGUGGCUUCUUUAAUGCGCUCUCCAACCUCACCAACAUAUCAAAGAUCCCUAUUGUAAUUACUUGUAAUGAGUUGACACCAUCAAUCAGAAGCCUGAUAGCCAACAAUGACCUUUGUUUGUUACAGUUUGACAAACAGUCUCCACUCGCUGUUAUAUUACAACUAUACUUUACACUGUUUGUCGAGGGAAGACUGUCACCUGGACAUCUUACUCAUGAGCAAUUUGGCCAUCUGUUGCGCUUUGUCGAGUUGAACCAAUGUGAUGUCCGCAAGUGCAUGUACAAUCUACAAUUCAUCUCACUCAGACCUUUCAACAAUAUCAACCUCUAUCAAGUCGACCAUCUACUACAACGAUACCAGGGUGCCAACAACCUACUGGUUGGACGUAUUCCCCCGCCUCCAGCGCCCAGUAGCAGCCAACAGACCGAUCCAACCCUUUCCUCCUCCCCCUCCAACAAUCACUCAACGAUCAAUGAUCGACUAGCCUUAAACAGAGCGGCCGACAGUCAAGACGUUGACAUAUACUUUUGCAACUACAUAACUUACAGUUGCAACCUUGCUACCAGCCAGCCAGAUACUCUUGAAAGCCUGUGGAAGGUUUCCAAUGAUCUAUCAUUCAACGAUAUCAUCACAGCUGGCCAACCAAACGAACAAAUAACACUUGUGGCGGACGAACUAAAUGAGAUUGAUGACAACUCUCCGACGUUUAUCCAACAUCCAUUGUCAUUACAUGAUAUGAAUGGUGCCACGGUACCAACCAGUCUUCGGACAUUGCAACAGACACAACAACAACUGGAUAUUGCAUCAAUCAUUGCAUUGUAUUCACUAUCAAUCAACUUGUUUGAUCGACAACAACAAGAUACAAAGAUUGAUAAUGCGCCAUUCAUUUUGGAUAUUGAACCCAACAACAAGUAUAGGAUACCCAACGAUUUCCAUCAACAGCCGUCCUGCUUUGCCGAACUCAUCGAUCAACUUGUGAUGGACUCUAGAUCAGUACUCACAUCCCGUCAACUUACAACCGAGUACCAGCCAGCACUCCGAACAAUAUGUGAAGCUGAGUUCAAACGGAAGCAAGCCAAUCCAAAGAGAGGCAAUCGAUUUACUCAUUACUUGGACAUUGAUGAUCACGAGUCUGAGCUGAUACUCGCCAGUGGUUUCUUUACCUAG